AUGGUUUCUGUGUUUCUGUCAAGAAUUGUUGUACUUACAGCAGGAACUUUAUAUCCAGCGUAUAGAAGUUAUAAAGCUGUUAAAACAAAGGAUGUAAGGGAAUAUGUCAAAUGGAUGAUGUACUGGAUUGUGUUCGCUUUUUUUUGUUUCAUUGAAACGAUUGCUGAUAUUAUUGUUUCCUUUUGGCUUCCUUUUUAUUAUGAAUUAAAAAUUUUUUUUGUCCUCUGGUUGUUGAGUCCUUGGACCAAAGGAGCUUCAAUUUUAUAUAGAAAAUGGGUACAUCCAACUCUCACAAAGCACGAACGAGAUAUUGAUUUGCUUCUAGAGCAUGCUAAGUCUGAAAGCUAUAAUCAGGUAAUGCGAUUAGGUAGCAGGGGUAUUCUGUGUGCUCGCGAAAUUAUUGCAACAGCAGCAUUACGAGGGCAAGCACAACUUGUACAGCAAAUACAGCGUUCAUACAGUGCAAGCGAUAUCAGUAAUAGAGAGUCAACGUCUUCGGCUCGAAUCCAUGUGACAGAAAUACAAGAAGAAGAUGAAGAUGAUUGGAAUGAAAAUGAUACUUUGGGCACUUUGGAUGAGGAAGCCAGUAUCGAUGAAGAACACGAACAUGAAGAGCAAAGCUCAGUACCUCGCGUACGUCGCAGUUUAAGGCCCCGAAAAACACCUGCUGAACUAUCUUCACCAUCAGAUGCAAUGUACAAUACAUUUCCUCGUAGAACAACACGUGCACAUAAAUAA